CCCCUCUAAAAACCUCAGAGUUAACACUCCGAAAAACCCUGACUUCGCGCUCUACUUGUAAAAUCAAAACUAGCUAGGGUUCUUGUGAUGGCAAAAUCUAUGAAACUGGCGGGCUUGAAAUCCGUAGAAAACGCCCACGACGAGUCGGUUUGGACUGCCACGUGGGUUCCCGCCACCGACAGCCGUCCGGCACUCCUGUUAACCGGUUCCCUCGACGAAACCGUCAAGCUGUGGAAACCCGAUGAGCUCGAACUCGUCCGCACCAACACCGGCCACUGCCUCGGCGUCGUCUGCGUGGCCGCCCAUCCUUCCGGCGUGAUCGCCGCUUCCGCCUCACUGGACAGUUUGGUUCGCGUGUUUGACGUUGACACCAACUUUACUAUCGCCACUCUCGAAGCUCCUCCCUCUGAGGUCUGGCAAAUGCAAUUCGAUCCCAAGGGUACAACACUUGCGGUUGCUGGUGGGGGUAGUGCAUCAAUCAAGCUGUGGGACACUGCAACAUGGAGGUUGGUUGCAACUUUAUCAAUUCCUCGUCCUGAAGGACCCAAGCCCUCUGAUAAAAGCAGCAGCAAGAAGUUUGUCCUUUCUGUAGCAUGGAGUCCUGAUGGAAGACGACUUGCUUGUGGCUCAAUGGACGGCACAAUUUCCAUUUUUGAUGUAGCUCGUGCCAAAUUUCUACAUCACCUUGAAGGCCAUUACAUGCCUGUUAGGUCUCUUGUGUUUGCUCCUGAACCUGAUUCAUGGACGCUAUACUCAGCCUCAGAUGAUGGUCAUGUGCAUAUCUAUGAUGCUGAGGGGAAAGCUAUAAUUGGGGCCAUGUCAGGUCAUGCUAGCUGGGUGUUGAGCGUGGAUGUAAGCCCUGAUGGAGAGGCUCUUGCAACAGGCUCAAGUGACAAAACUGUAAGACUAUGGGAUUUUAAGAUGAGAGCAGCUAUACAGACAAUGAGCAAUCACACAGACCAGGUCUGGGCAGUGGCAUUUCGACCUGGUCAAGGGGAUCGUCUUGCUAGUGUGUCAGAUGACAAGAGUAUAUCACUGUAUCAUUGUUCUUGAGUGUUCAUGGCUUGUUGAGAUUAAAAAACAUUAAGGAUUAAUUUGAUUGCAAGAUGGUGCCACAUGUUAAAUUGUCACUGAUCCAAUGAAUAUGAUACACGGCUUUAGAUUUUGUUCUGUUUAUUUUUCUUGUUUUUCAUAAAAAUGAAAUAAAAUUCUCGCACACUCGUAAUUAACUGAAGUCUUGAUGUCUUUAAAACAUGGUUCUUCCGAUUCAGUUAUAAUUUUCUUUCGCUUUUCUAUGAUUCUGUUAAAUUCGCAAAAGAAAAUUAAAAAGCCUCCACCCUCCAGAAGGAGCAAAUCUCUUGGAAGCCAUCUCUUACAGCUUACGAUAGGAAAGUUGCAUUAGUCGAAUGACAGCCUGAGCUAAAUCAUCUUUCCCCUAACCUUUUCUUAACAAACAGAGGCGAGAUGAAAGGACGAUUGGGGGCAAUGCCAACCCACCCCAGUUCCAAAGACAGGAGAAUCCCUUGAAAUAUGUUAAAUUUUUUUAAAAAUAUUCAAGCUUUCAGCUAUUAGUUUAAUUAUUCAUGGUUGUUUCUCUUUAGGCAGCAGAAGACGGGAGAAUUUGACAUGGGGAUCUCUUAAAUGGAUUCCCAUGGGAAUAUGAUCUGCUUCUCUUCUUUGUUCGGUAAAUCAUAAAUACCUGAGGAACCAAUCGGCAGUUUCGAAGCUCAUUUCACUUCAAAUAUUCAACCAUACAAGUCAAUAGAGGAGCAGCUGAAAACAGAAUGACCACUGCCCAGUAUGACUAUACUUUGCUCAUUCUCUCGUCGUCACGGCUAUGAUAAUAUAAAAAAGAUGUAAUCGUUAAUCAGAUGGAGUAUCUUUGAAAUUGAAAUAACAACACAAAACACCUUUGAUUCACCAGUGGCUCACAGAAAAUAAACCAACAUGAAAUGAAUUGAGAAAAUUUCUAACAGUUAUAAGGAUAUCCUUCUCAAUAAUGUCAUCACCAUGAUAACUCUCCAGAUCACGGAGUCCCCAUGUGACCCAUAUCUAUUAAUGAGGCAUAUUAUCACCCAGCAGCAUUGCCUAUCAAAAUACACUUUAACUAACAGGAUACUGGUCUUUCUAUUGCAGCAGGCUAUUUCAUAUAUUUGGCCUUUAUUUAUAUCAUUCUUUGAAGCUUAGAAACGGUUAGAAUACAAAUAACUAAGUCCAUAUUUCACAAAAGCAUAUUGUUUGGUAUAACUUCCAUGGAUAUUUAUAUCUAAGUAUCUCUCCAUUGGAGUUCUCUUGCACGCAAGUAACACACUAGACCACCAAAUGAUAUGUCUCUAUUCUGCUAGGAUAACCAUUAUAGGAUUAGAAAGUUAAGAACAUAAAGAAUCUUAGGAUGAAAUAUGAAAAUGAAUGGUCAUUUUCACAUCUCUUUCAUUGGAAAAACGACAGUAAAUGACCAGGAGCCAUGAACACAACUAAUUCCACACUUUACACAUGAAUCAGAUAAGCAGUUUCUUUAAAAUAUUAAUGAAUUGUAAUUUUCAUUUUCCACAUGUCGAAAAAACAACAGUACAUCAUAAACAAUUUCAUGGCAAGGAGCCCACAAACACAACAAAUUCCAAACUUAAGAAAUAAAUUAGUUGAGCAGUUUCCUUGAAUGAUACGUAUAUAAAGAAGAAACACUUACAGCCCAUAACUCCACAUAGAUACAAACUUAGCCGGGUGAAUGCAGAGUAAAGGUAAGCAUAUUCUCAAGGCACAAUCAUCUAUCUAGCUCGCAUGUCAGAUCGCCCGAAGCCACAUACAUAAACCUUUUAUUGAACAAGUUAUUGAGGCAAUCGUAACAAAUCCUGAUCUAAAUAGAAAACCAUUAAGCUUCAGACUCAAAAAAUUUACGGAGCUAACGGAUGAUUUCUACACUGAGUAAGGCACAAGCUAGACCAAAAUUUAUAUAACAAAAAGCGAAAAAAAAAAAAA